AAGGUUUUGUGAAGACUUUUUACAUCACUACAAAAUCCAAACCGUGCUGCGAAAAAGAAAACCUAGCUUUCGUCUCGGCAGGAAUCCUACCUGCCACCCUAAUUUUUCCCCGAUUCACUUCUCUAAAUCCAUAUAUACAGUUAUGGCAUCUUCAGACGACGAAGGAGAGACGUUUCCAGACGCUGUGUCGGAAUAUGAUUUCCGUAACAAAGAUGACGAACCCCUUUCAUUUUCAAAGCUACCCGUUCAAUGGAACGACAACGAAAGUUCGAGUGUUAAUGUCAUGCCCAUUUUUUUAAAAGGCAAAGUCGAUAACGGUCUUGGACCGUUUUACCGGCAGGUGAAAGCAUGGAAGUAUGAUAUCACGGCAACGAAACCUCAAAUUUCAGUGCUUACCAAAGAUAAUCACUGGAUCAAGCUGAAAAAACCGAGAAAGAGUUACGAAGAGUUGAUUCGGUCGAUAUUGAUCUCCGUGCAUUGCCUCUGGUUUUGUAAAAGCAAACCAGAAGCUUCAGGGAAAUCUUUACGCGACUACCUAUCGAAAGUUUUCAGCUUGUAUGAUCCCAGGCCUUCAAAGAAUGAUUUGUUAGAUCAUAUUAACUUCAUUAGAGAAUCUAUUAAGAGGGAUGAAACAUUGACAAAAUCCAAGUUUUUGGAUGCAUUUAUAGAGAAUCCCGGAAAAACGAACGCUUUUGAUGAGGAUGUUACAAAACCGAGCUUUAUAGUUGAUGAUAUAAACGGUGAAACGCAAGAUGAUGACAUCACCAACGACGAUAGCGAGUCAGAUGAUGAUGAUGAUCAUUUCGAUUCCGUUUGUGCGAUAUGCGAUAAUGGCGGCGAGCUUACAUGUUGUGAAGGGAGAUGUUUUAGGUCGUUUCACGCAACCUCAGAUUCCGAAGAGGCACAAGACUCUAAUUGUGAAUCUCUUUGUUUAUCUCUUAAAGUACUGGAGAGCCAAAACGAAUUUAAGUGUGAAAAUUGCCAGUAUAGUCUGCACCAGUGCUUUGUCUGUGGUGAACUAGGGUCUUCUGAUAAAUCUUCAAAUACAGAGGUUUUUCGUUGUAGUUCCGCAAUGUGUGGCCACUUUUAUCACCCGAAAUGUGUAGCUAAGCUGCUCCAGAAAAACGAUAAGACCGAGCGACAGACGCUUCAAGAAAAGAUUGCUGCAGGGGAACCGUUUAUAUGUCCAGCUCACAAGUGUGCCGUCUGUAAGCAAACCGAAAACGAAAAAGUCGAAGAUUUGCAGUUUGCUACUUGCAGGCGAUGUCCAAAUUCAUACCACAGGAAAUGUUUACCUAGGGAUAUUAAGUUUGAGCAUCAAGUCGGUGAUGACGAUGAUGAUGAAAUCAGGGCUUGGGAUGGACUUUUGUCUAAAUCCCGCGCAUUGAUAUAUUGCAUGGAGCACGAGAUCGACCCUGAACUACAAACACCUGCAAGAACCAUAAUAUUCAGGAAUAUUCUCACUGGAAGUACAGAGCAACCAAACAAGAAGAAACCUGCUGUCAAGGUGACAGCUGGUGGUUCAGGUUCUGGUUCAGUAGACCCAUCGAAAAAGAAGUCUGUUUUAUACUCACAAAAGGGCGAUGAACGAUCCUCUGCCGUUAAACCCGAAGGCUCUUCCAAAAAGCGAGCUGCAGUUUCAUCCGUGCCAGAAUCUUCGAAGAAAAAGAAAGUAGUAGAUGGUUCUGAGAAACCGUUAAGGAGGAGCUCGUCAACAAAGGUCAAGAAGCCCAGACCGAAACUGAAUGAUGGUCAACCAACCCUCGGGAGUAGAUUGUUUGACUUGUAUACAGGGACCGAAUCAAACAACGUGGAGAACGAUGAGACGUCUGUUGACGACACCAACCAAACCGUUGCAGCCAAAUCGCAACAGACGGAAAUUUUACCUUCUUUAGAUGAGGAUUCAAAACAGAGAAUAAUGGCAUUAAUGAAAGAAGCUGCGUCCUCCGUUACGCUGGAUGAGGUAAAGAAGUACCAUCAAGGAAAAGUUCCAUCGACACACGCACAUUCGUCACGGGUCGACAAAUCCAUCAUCUUAGCCAGGGUUGAAGGUUCUGUGGAGGCUCUUAAUUUAGCUUUAAAGAAGCUUGAUGAAGGAUGCAGUGUUGAGGACGCGAUGGCUGUUUGUGAGCGCGGUGUCAUCGAACAGUUGCUGAAGUGGAAGGAGAAACUUAAAGUGUAUCUUGCACCGUUUCUGCACGGAAUGCGGUAUACGUCCUAUGGUCGCCAUUUUACAAAAGUGGAAAAGCUGGAAAAGAUAGUUGAUAAACUUCACUGGUAUGUUGAAGAUGGUGACACGAUAGUCGAUUUUUGUUGUGGGGCAAAUGAUUUCAGUUGCCUGAUGAAGAAACGGCUUGAUGAGACCGGAAAAAAGAAGUGCUCCUACAAAAAUUUUGACUUUCAUCGACCAAAGAACGAUUUCAACUUUGAGAAGAGGGAUUGGAUGACGGUUUCACCAAAGGAAUUGCCUUCUGGGUCUCGAUUGGUUAUGGGACUAAACCCUCCGUUUGGAAAAAAUGCCGCGCUUGCUAAUAAGUUCAUCGACAGUGCUCUUAAAUUUAAGCCUAAGCUUAUCAUUCUUAUCGUUCCUCCAGAAACUGAAAGAUUAGACAGUUCUAAGAAGUCAUCUACAUACGAUCUGAUUUGGGAGGAUGUUGAAUUGUUAGCUGGCAUGUCGUUUUAUCUUCCUGGAUCGGUUGAUGUCAACGACAAAAUAAUGGAUCAAUGGAACAAUAUAGUACCACCGCUAUACCUUUGGAGUCGGCCCGAUUGGACCAAUAAAUACAAGUCUAUAGCCCAGAAGCAUGGUCAUAUACCCCAAGUACAACGACUGCAAUCUGAAGAAAACGAGACCAAAUCUGAUGAAAAUGAAACCAAACGAGACCGCAUUCCUGUUGUAAACAAAGAUUUAAAAACCUCAAAUGAAGCAAAUAAACCCAAAAAUAAGAAAAGGAAGAAAGAAAGCUCGGUUGGAUCCAAAGCUAAAAGCGAAAAGAUUAUCGAGGAAAAAGGUAAUCAGGGUUCGAGUAAGAAAACCCGUAUUAAUCAAGAUUUAAAAAUCGAGCAACGUGAAGAUCAAGCUCAGAAGUUGGAGGAAGCUCGGGCACCCGUUGAAGCUCAGAAACGUGAAAAUAUACGGGCUCCUGUUGAAGAUCAGAAAUCUGAAGUAACACACGUUCCCGUUAAGGUUAAAAAAAGUGAAGUAACGCGGGUUCCUGUUGAAGUCCAGAAGCAUGAAACGCGGGCUCCCGUUGAAGCUCAGAAACAUGAACCAACUCGGGUUCCAUCUCGUGAGAUUGAUGUGCAGAAACAUGAAGAAACUCUGGUUCCUGUUCGUGAACUUGAAUCCUGCAAGCAUGAAAAGUCUCGGGCUCCGUCUCGUGAAAUUGAAGAACAGAAACCAAGGGCUGCAUCUCGUGAAGUUGAAGCUCCGAAACAUGAAAAGGCUCGAGCUCCGUCUCGUGAAAUUGAAGACCAGAAACCAAGAGCCACGUCUCAUGAAAUCGAAUCUCCGAAACAUGAGAAAGCUCGAGCUCCAUCUCGUGAAAUAGAAGACCAGAAACCAAGGGCCACUUUUCGUGAAGUCGAAGCUCAGAAAAGUGAAAAAGUUCGAGCUCCGAAUCUUGAAAUUGAAGACCCGAAAGCAAAAGCCACAUCUCGUGAAAUCGAAGCUCAGAAACAUGAAAAAGCUGGAGCCCCGCCUCGUGAAAUCGAAGCUCAGAAACAUGAAAAAGCUCGAGCUUCGUAUCGUGAAAUUGAAGACCCGAAACCAAAAGCCAUAUACCGUGAAAUCGAAGCUCAGAAAAAUGAAAAAGCUCGAGUUCCGUAUCGUGAAUUCGAAGACCCGAAACCAAAACCCACAUAUCGUGAAAUUGAAGCUCUGAAACACGACAAAGCUCGAGCUCCGUCUCGCGAAAUGGAAACACCGAAACAGGAAAAAACAUGGGGCCCAUCUCGUGAAUUCGAAGCUCAGAAAUUUGAAAAUAAGCGCCCUUCUCCUCGCACUCGGGAAGAAAAGAUUCACGAAACCCUAAAUGCGGAUUUUAGUUUUGUUGAUGCCGAUCAACGUUCGGAGGAAAGGUACGACUCGGUCAUUGAUGAAUCGACGUUUAGCCUGGAGAACGAUAUCGCUCAAUCAUACGACGAUUAUCUAAUGAGGAAGUAUGCUCCAGCGAAUGACGAACCUUACAUGGGUGGUACAAGUCAUAGGCGGCUAGACAGUGCUAACCAUGCGCCACCUGGCUAUCCAGUGAGAGCCGACCACCUUCAAUAUCCUCCUGGCUAUGAAAGGGUUGUUAAUAGGGGCCCGCAUUUUGAUGAAACGAGUGCACGAGGUGGUGGUGGUGGUAGCUAUUCAAUGGGCCGUCAAGAACCGGGGUUAACCAGGUACGGUUCUUCAGAUGCAACACCAUAUAACAGGACGGGCACGUCUGCAACACAACGGUAUGCGCCCAGGCUUGAUGAGCUGAACCAUGUCAGGAUGGGCGGGUUGGGACAACCUGAACCGCCUAUGGCGAGUCGGGGUGUUGGGGGUUAUUAUCCACCUGUAAAUGGAACAGGGGCUCGUAUGGACUCGAUGGGGUUUGUACCCGGUCCGUACCACCCCAAUCAACAUAACUCAUCUGGUGGUUGGGUGUACGAGUGAUCCGGUUUGGUGUGGUCUAGACUUAUGUAGUGAAUUGACUGUUUAGCAACUAGUGUUCUUUUAUGGUUAACUAAUGUGGAACGGCUAAAUAAGUUUUUUUAUGACUGUUAGAAAAUCAGAAGUGUUUGAAUGCGAGUACGAAA